AAAAUCGAAUGACCUUUUAGUAACUCAGCCUCAAUUUUCCCUUACCAUUUUGACUUCUUAAAACGUUUCCCUGUUUAAAACCAAAUCAAAUAUCACAUGGUUACCUUACAGAUUUGUUGGGAAUGUAAGUAAUCAAGAUUAAGAUGUUUACUGGUUUCUAACAUAUGAGCCAUUAAAAGAGCUUUCCAACUUCAAACAGUCUCAAAAUUCUCUCCUAAACUCUUCUCUCCCUUGAACCUAUCAUGGGAGUAGCCAAUAACAUAACAGCAGUUCUCAACUUCGUAACCUUCCUCUGCUCCAUCCCCAUCAUAGCAGUUGGCAUCUGGCUCGCCCAACAGCCUGACAACGGCUGCAUCCACCUUUUGCGAUGGCCAGUCGGUGCCUACUGCAACAAGGAAACACUGUUGGCCUUCUAUCUUUGCUGCAUGGCCAUCGUCAUUGGUCUCCUCCUCAUCUUGCUGGUAUUUGCCUUCAUCGUUACCAGACCUGAUGGGAGCUACGGUGUGCCUGGAAGGGGUUACCAGGACUAUAGGCUUGAUGGCUACUCUAGCUGGCUUACAAACCAUGUAGUUGACUCCAAGAGCUGGACUAAGAUCAGGGCCUGUUUGGCUGACACCGAUGUCUGUCCUAAGUUGACUCAACAGUUCAUUGCCGCUGAUCAGUUUUUUGCUACUCAUCUCUCUCCUCUUCAUUCAGGGUGUUGUAAGCCUCCAACAAUAUGUGGCUACACUUUUGUGAACCCAACGUUGUGGACGAACCCGGUGAACCCAGCAGGGGGUCUUGACUGCAACCAAUGGAGCAAUGACCAGACCCAACUCUGCUAUAACUGCAAUUCAUGCAAAGCUGGUCUGCUGGGGAACUUUAAGGAGAGGAAAGCCAACAUAAUUCUCAUUGUGGAAGUGGUGGUACUAAUAUGGGUCUAUAUCAUUGCUUGCAGUGCCUUCAAGAAUGCCCAAACGGAGGACCUCUUCUUCAACCGCUACAAACAGGGUUGGACUUAAAAAAAAAAAACCUUUGGUUCAAUGUGUCUAUUGUAUGUAUUCCAAUGUUAUGGUUCUUAUAUCUAGAAAAUGCAUGGACAGUGAGGAAGGGUGCUUAUUACACUGUAAUUAAUGAAAACGAGAAUACAAUUUCAAAUUAUCAACUCCUUCACGACUAUAAGGUUCUUGGAUUUGUGCAAAAAAGAAAACUCAUUGAUAGGAAGAAAAUCCUCAUAAUCUUCAGACU